UUCAGUCCGUUGGCUGCGGCGGCAGAUAGCAAAGGGAUCUCAAGAACUUGGGUGCUAUGGGCGCUCCUGUAGAGCAAGCGGUUACCAUGGACGGGUUCCAUAUAUACCCAUCGGAUAACUACACGGAGGAGGACCUGGGUUCAGGUGACUAUGACUCCAUAAAGGAACCCUGCUACAGAGAGGAGAAUGCCCAUUUCAACCGGAUCUUUCUGCCCACCAUCUACUCCAUCAUCUUCUUGACGGGCAUCGUGGGCAAUGGCUUGGUCAUCCUGGUCAUGGGCUACCAGAAGAAACUGAGAAGCAUGACAGACAAGUACAGACUACACCUGUCGGUGGCAGACCUCCUCUUUGUCCUCACGCUUCCCUUCUGGGCAGUUGAUGCCGUGGCAAACUGGUACUUUGGAAAGUUCCUGUGCAAGGCUGUCCAUGUCAUCUACACAGUCAACCUCUACAGCAGUGUCCUCAUCCUGGCCUUCAUCAGCCUGGACCGGUACCUGGCCAUCGUCCACGCCACCAACAGUCAGAGGCCAAGGAAGCUGUUAGCUGAAAAGGUGGUCUACGUUGGUGUCUGGAUACCUGCUCUCCUGUUGGCUAUUCCCGAUUUCAUCUUUGCCAACGUCAGGGUUGGGGAAGACAGGUAUGUGUGUGACCGCUUCUACCCCAAUGACGUGUGGAUGGUGGUGUUCCAGUUCCAGCACAUCAUGGUCGGCCUUGUCCUGCCGGGGAUCGUCAUCCUGUCCUGCUACUGCAUUAUCAUCUCCAAGCUGUCCCACUCCAAGGGCUACCAGAAGCGCAAGGCCCUCAAGACCACAGUUAUCCUCAUCCUGACUUUCUUUGCCUGCUGGCUACCCUACUACAUUGGGCUCAGCAUCGACUCCUUCAUCCUCCUAGAAAUCAUCAAGCAAGGGUGUGAGUUUGAGAACACCGUGCACAAGUGGAUUUCCAUCACCGAGGCCCUAGCCUUUUUCCACUGUUGCCUGAAUCCCAUCCUCUAUGCCUUCCUUGGAGCCAAGUUUAAAACCUCUGCCCAGCAUGCACUCACCUCUGUGAGCAGAGGGUCCAGCCUCAAGAUCCUCUCCAAGGGAAAGCGGGGUGGACAUUCUUCUGUUUCAACCGAGUCCGAGUCUUCAAGUUUUCACUCCAGCUAACACUGAUAAAAAAAGACGUUUGUACAUGAAAGAACUUUUUUUUAAGUUACACUUUUUUUUCAGAUAUAAAAGACUGACCAAUACUGUACAGUUUUUAUUACCUGUUGGAUUUUUUCUUGUGUUUAGUUUUUGUGAGGUUUAAUUGACUUAUUUAUAUAAAUAUUUUUUUUUGUUUCAUGUUGUUGAGUGUCUAGGCAGGACCUGUGGCCAAGUUCUUAGUUGCUGUAUGUCUGGUUGUAGAACUGUAGAAAAAGGAGCUGAACAUUCCAGGAUGUGCAGUGAGUCACUUAAGCUAGAAAUGAUCCUCAGCUGUUUGUGUAUAAAUAAUCUCUCCAUUCCAGUGGAAGUUUCUUUGCCUGUUCUGAAAUUGUUUGGUUACACUAUGUGAUUUUUGCUGUAGAAGAUGGCCCUUAGAGCCAAAUCCUGAAGUAGAAAUGCUGGUUUUUCAUUUUUCAGGAGUGGGUUGAUUUCAGCACAUACUAUGUACAGUCUUGUUUUAAGUUGUUAAUAAAAGUACAUGAAAAACUUA